UCUUUUCGUCUUCGGGCCGGCUGCAUGGCCGGCUGGGCUCUCAGCUGUGGCGUCCCUUGGGGCACCAUAGAGAAUGCGGUCGUCCGUCGGCUCAGUCUACCCCUUCCCGAGUGUGGAUUAGAGCGCCUACGUCAUUUUCUGUCGCCUCGGGCUGGGUGAGGAGUGUCGACACCUGAGGAGGACGCCGCUGGGUCGGACAAACCCGGAGGGAAGCAAGAAACGUGUCCGGAUCUGGGUUCGCAAGCUGAGCCUCAAGGGGAAGUGGAGGCUGCAGCCUGGUUCAGCCCCCGCUGCCCUUGGAGGGCGACUCAGUCUGGACCGAGGGCUUUCGCGCGUUGAGCUGGGAAAAGCCUGAAGGAGGAGAGUAAGGCAUCUCGGCGGGCCUGAGGAGGAAGUGUUGAGAACAGCCUUGGGUCACAAGCGGAGCUUAGAGGCAGGCCCGCAAGCAGUCCGGCAGCUCCUCAGCUCCGAGCUAAGGCAUCCACACCCACAGGCUGCGCAUUAAAAUGGCUGGCUAUGCCACUACUCCUAACCCCGUGCAGACCCUUCAGGAGGAGGCUGUUUGUGCCAUCUGUCUGGAUUACUUCAAGGAUCCUGUGUCCAUAGGCUGCGGGCACAACUUCUGCCGAGGGUGUGUGACCCAACUGUGGGGCAAGGAAGAGGAGGAAGACAGGGAAGAGGAGGAAGAUGAAUGGGAGGAGGACGAGGACGCCGAUGUGGAGGGGGCCAUCAGUGGGUGGGACAACUCUAUUCGAGAGGUUUUGUACCAGGGCAAUGCUGAUGAGGAGGUGUUCCAGGACCAAGAAGAUGAUGAACUCUGGGUUGGUGACGGUGGCGUCAGGAAUUGGGACAACAUGGACUAUGCGUGGGACCAGGAGGAAGAAGAGGAGGAAGACUGGGACUGUUACCUGGGAGGCUUGAGACACGACCUGAGAAUUGACGUCUACCCAGAAGAGGAGAUACUGGAAGAAUACAAUGAGGACGACCAAGAGCUGUAUCCUGAGACCCACCUGCCUCCUCCGGCCCCUCCACGUCAGUUCACCUGCCCCCAGGGCCGAAAGAGCUUUACACGUUGCAGCUUUCAUCCCAACUUGCAGCUGGCCAACAUGGUCCAGAUAAUUCGCCAAAUGUGCCCCACUCCUUAUCGAGGAAGCUGGGGGAAUGAUGAGGGCAUCUGCUCCAAACACCAGGAAGCCCUGAAGCUCUUCUGUGAGGUGGACAAAGAGGCCAUCUGUGUGGUGUGCCAGGAAUCCAGGAGCCACAAACAGCACAGCGUGGUGCCAUUGGAGGAGGUGGUGCAGGAGUACAAGGUUCAGCUGUUGACUGCUGUAUCACAAGUCAGACUGUUUAAACUUGCUCCUCGCUACUCCUGUGGCUAUACCUGGGACCUCAUCUUUACACAGACUUGCUACACAUCUGAAAUCCUCACCUCCAGUUGCACUAUGACCUUAGCUCUUAGCCUUCUAGUGCAGUCAAACACACUCCAAUUAUACCUGCCCUUUAGUUUUAUGGAGAUAGCAGUUCCAGUGACUCCUAAUUUUUUCCCUUCCCAAUUUAAUAGACACUUGCUAGCCUUAAUUACUAUCCCACUGAGUCUGGACCUCAUGAGUAGUUGUGACUUUAAGAACUGGUCCACACUGUAGUCUAGACCAGUGUUUCUCAACCUCAGCACUAUUGACAUUUUGAAUAGAAUUAUUUGGGGGUGGGGGGCUGUCGGAUGCCUAGCAGCAUCUCUGAACUCUACCCACCAGAUAUAAGUAGCACCCCUCCACCAGCUGUGAAAACCACAGAUGUCUCCCAACAUUUCCAAAUGUCUUGUGGAGAGGGGUGAGAGGAGCAAAAUCAUCCAUGGUUGAGAACCACUGGUCUCUACUCAGGGAAAGUGGCCAAAGCCACAGAUGUUACCAGCUUUACUUAUGCCCUAAAGCCAGUGACUGACCUAAGUGUUCAAUGGAAGAAUAGCUCCACCUAGCUAGAACCUUACGAAACGCAGUCUUAGUAAAUUUAUUGAUAGGACUCUAUUCCCAGCUCUUGGCAGGCAGGUGGCAGUCAGCAAACCUUUCUUUAAACCAGAGCUGCCUAUAUCACUGCCAUUGGGGAGAAUAAGGACUAUGACAGAUAAAGCAGUAUAUGAAAUGAAGAUCUAGAAAUGAUAAGUAAGGCAGUCAUUUCAGCAAACAUCAGUUUCAGCAGGGCCACAGGGUAGUCACAGUUUUUGCUUUGGUUUUUAAGUAUUAUGCAGAACUUUUUAUAAAACCAGAACGUGUCUGCUCCUGUUGGAGUGGUGUGACCCUGGAUUAAUACAUAAAACAUCAGAUCCUAAAGCAGUUUCUUAAAACCUAAGUUUCCUCUACCGCUGGCCAUCAACCUCUGGCCCCUAUGCCACGCCUCCGGAAAUCUUUAUAGGACCUACAGAGUCUAUGCUAUUCCUCACCCCCCCCCAUUCUUCUGAAAGUUAUCCUGUAACAGUGAAGUUAUUACAAAUAUUUAUUGACUGAUAAAAUAGGAUAAAAAAAGGGGGGACACAAGACAGCCUGCUAUACCAAGUCUAAAAGGACUUUGCAACAGUGGAAGUGUUCUGAAUCUGUGCUGUUUGAUAUAGUAGGUACCUCUAGCGAGCUUGAGCUCUUGAAAUGUGUCUAGUCCAACUCAGGAACUGAAUUUUUAACUGUAUUUAAUUUUAAUUAAUUUGAAAUAGCCAUACAUGGCUAGUGGCUGUCAAAUCAUAAUGAAUUGUACAGUUCUAUAGAAAGAAGGCAGGGGCUUAUUCUUAUUCUUCCAUAUCUUAGGCCUUCCUAAUCUUUUACCCCAUCCUUAUGGACUCAGAUGCAGAGUUGGUCAGAGAUUUCUGAUUGACAGUUCCACUUGGUACCAAGCAGGGCCCCACAAAAAAUGAAGAACCAAGGUCACCUGGAAGAGGAUCCCUGGAGGUCACACCCCCUUUUUAUCUGCCAUUUCCUAAGCACAUAGAAUCCUCCUUCUCCCCCUCCAGCAAAGGAUGGAAUCUGUCAGCAUGCUCUGGCUGUGUAACCCAAGUAUGAGCAGGAAGGACUGUUUCCUCUUCAGCCCUCUAAUCUUGUGGUAAGCUAGCCAGUCUCAAAGUUCCAUUUCAACAUAUUUUUCCAACCCUAGUUCUUAUCAAAUUCUCUUCCAGGUAAAAAGGUGAAAAAAGGCACCUUGGGUCACCUUUUGUUUCUCCCUACCACCUAAUGCUGUUUUAAAUCUUUUAACAAGCCAGAGGCUUGCCGCCUUCUAGCAUAUUUAUAAUUCUGCCUGGAUCAUGCCCACUUCCACAACCUCUGACUGCAUAUCUGCUGAAGCAUCUAGGGUCUGGGCCAUCCCACAGUCCAUCUCCCAGGGAAAACCCAACAGAAUGCCUUAGCACCUUUCUAGGGGACUGUUGGACCUCAGAUUUCUGCCUAAGAUGGACACUUAAUAUUUAUCAAGAGACAUAAAGAAAUGAUAUGUGAUUUUUUGUAACAUCUGUUCCUGGCAUCGAUUUAAUAUCACAUCCCUACCUUUCACCAGGAAUAAUGGAACAGAACCUACAAUAAUAGAACUUCCCAUGUUUCCUUCCAGUCUUUUCGAGCUUAAUUCUUUAGGCCUCAAUCAUUAAAUAGUUUCUAUAAUCAGAGCCCAAUUCUAGAUACUGGACUGAAGAAGGUGGGGUAGGGAGGAGAGAUAUGGAUUAGAGGGGGUGUUGACUCGCUCACUCAUAUGGCCAAUGCGAAGUCUUCGGUGCCUCCUUUCGUAGGACUCUCAUGACCCUCCUACAGACCCUCCUGUCCAGCUUUUAAACUCUUGUUUCUAGUCUUACUCCUCCAACCUACCCUCCACCCUGACAACAAAUGACUGUCAGCAAAAUCAAGUCUAGGCAGAAGAAGUAUUAGUUAAUCCUAAAGAGACAGUCCUAGACUUCAAGACAAAAUUCCUUACUAGUCAACUCCUUCCAUUUAGGGGCUCCCUGACCACCCUUGGGUUUCACUCUCUCCUACCUUCCCAUUUGAAACCACCUCCCAAACCUCUGCAUGCAAACCACUCUGACACCUCUUCCCCAUGGUGAUCCCUCUGCCUGGAACCUCCUUUAACUACUUGCCCUUAACUACUUAGUCUAUGAGGCUGUCCACCACGAUUAGAAUCUUCCACAACCAACUGUAUGGUGACUAACAUAAUAUAAUAAUAAAAUAAAAAAAAAAAAAAAAAAAAGAAUCUUC